CAAACAUGGCGACACCCGGUAACAACAAUCCAGACUGCUGGAGUGUCCCAGAUGUUUAUAAUCAUCACGAACAGAAGAAAGUUUGCAUUUCCAGACCAAAAUACAGAGAAGGGAGGAAAGCGAGAGCGGUUAAGGUGUACACCAUCAAUUUAGAGUCCUGUUACCUCAUGGUCCAGGGGGUCCCAGCCAUUGGAGUGAUGACAGAGUUAAUCCAGCUGUGUGCUCUGUAUGGCACCGUGGAGGAAUACAGACCUCUGGACGAGUAUCCCGCUGAGCAGUUCACAGAGGUUUACCUUGUCAAGUUCCAGAAAAUCACAAGUGCCAGAGCGGCAAAACGACACAUGGAUGAGAAGAGCUUUUAUGGCGGUGUGCUGCAUGUGUGCUAUGUGCCAGAAUAUGAGACUGUGGAGGACACCAGGCUGAAGCUCCGCGACCGGAAGAGUUAUGUCAUGAGAGCUGCGAUGAGAUCAGCCAGAGAAGCCGAACAAAAGGAGGUGACACAUGAGGAAACCACGUCAUCGUCCUCGAUCAGCACUUCAGACAGGAUCAACCCAGGACACAGUGAAAACACAGGAGGGCCCUCAAGCGUCAGCUCUUAUUCAGGCUUUCCUCUGCUGCCAUUACCUCCUCAGGAGCAUCAUUUUUCCAGACGCGAAAAUCAACACGGAGUAGCACCAACUGAGGAUAAAAUGGGUACUUUACACAAUGCCUUCAUUGAGGCAAAGCAACAGGGAGCGCCAAGCCCAGAACACACCUCCUCGAACAGAGACAGACACACAGAACACACAGGGACGAAGGCUUCAGCAUGCCGCUUUGUCCCAAGGACCACCCACCUGGAAAACAGGAAACGCAAAAUAGAAGAGUCUGACGAGGUCGCUGUUUCUGUACAAAAGCAGCCUCUGAUUGGCCCGAAACUACCAGAACCAUCCAGAGUGGAUAUGGAGGAUGAAUCAUUGAACACAACUGUCAGCCUGAUAAGGAACACGAUGAAGCAGGUGGAAUCAGUUCCAGAAUGCAAACCAGUGGCGAAGAAGGUCAAACCACGUCGUCGGAUUUGAUCAAACCAGCCUAAUCAUGGACUUCGAGUUUCCCUUCCACUUGAAAAACUUACCAUUUCAACGUUGUCUUGUUGCUUAAGAAUUUUGGAAUACAAUAGAAAAGCAGUUGAUUUAUUUAUUUUUUUUCUUUUAAUUAAAAUUGAUGAAACGUCAGUUGAACAAGUGUGGGUGUCUUUAUGGCUGCAGACAUUCCUGAAAUACAUGGUGCUCAAACAUGGCAAUACUCUGAAAAG